AUGUGGUAUAAUUUAAGCGACAAUAAUUAUGUCAUGUAUAACGCGGCUAAACCACCUCUUCCUUAUUUCCCCGAGCAGGAGUUUACUGUUCGUUCUCACGUUCCUCCACCGCCUACAGAUCUAGACUGUUCCCCGGACCGUCCAGCCCGUCAAGAGAGGGAAGAGAAUGACCCCCUUGCGCGUUGUUUUCUCCAUCCACCUCGACCAGGCUCCGAUGGGGACCAGGUUGUCCGUCUCAAAAUAUCCAAGGAAAUACUGUUGGAGGAUAACCACAAUGCCCAGCUCGGGGUCGUUGACAUUUUGGAGGUCUCUAAAUCUACAGCCAGAGGACCACAGGAGAAUACAACCGUGCUUGCUAAAUUCUAUGAUCCGCUCUACCUCGACCAUAGACAAGACGAUGUCGACCCUUUUCUCGUUGUUGAGCAUAGCUACUCACAUGAGACUGCAGCAUAUGCGACCCUUACAGAAUUACAAGGAACUUUUAUCCCAGAAUACUACGGCUCAUUCACCCUUGAACUGCCUGUUGAUGGAUAUCAGGACAAGCGCCUCGUGAGGUUAACUCUCAUUGAGCUGGUCCAAGGUGUGCCGAUGCGUAAACUCGAUCCCAAGGACGUGUCCCAGCAACAGCGACAACAGAUUAUGAAAGGGAUCAUUGACGCAGAAACAGCAGUUUUUACACGUGGAAUGCUACAUUGCGAUACCUUCCCACGAAAUAUCAUUAUCAAUAGUGAUCCGGGGUCCAAUCGGGGAGUGGCCCAGCUAGUCCGCUCCUCCGCUGGCAUCGACUUCAGUGGCCUUAUUUACAGCGUGAAUUCGACGGUUGGAUUGACUGGGACUGGCAAGUUUGGCUUGAAGAAAAUUAUGAGGACCCCCAAGGCUCCAUCACAGACAAGAUGA